AUGUGUAAGACUGUGUUCGUGGCUAAGCUUCUUGGUGGUAUCGACGAUGUUCUUGGUAAUAAGUUUUAUGUGCCUGGGCAGAAAGAGAGAGUAGUGGUGCAUAGUUCUUCAAUGACACCACCUUUUUCGUUUACUGGUUUGCUCUCAAUUGCUCUUGGUUCCGGCUCCGUGUUUGGGGGUGCGUUGGGCUCACCUGGAGGCCAGUCGAUCGCUCGUGUGGCUGGUGAUGUUCUUUAUGUCGCGGCUCAGGCUUCUGCCCUUAUGGUUGCUGCCGCCGACCGGGUUUUCCGCGCCAGCGUGAAUGAAAUACAAUUAAAAACUUUUCAAGGUUCUAUGGAAAGCAUAAGAGAGGAACUUCAUGAUUCAGAGGCUGAGCCACGAGUAUUGUCAGAGCAUAAUUGUAUUGUAGACUGUGAGAAGGCCGCUUUGGAAGAUCAUGUGGCCACUUUGGAGGGUCGGAUAGAGCGACUUGAAUGA